UUGAUGAGCUGACUCCUAUGACUCUGAGAUGUGAUGUUGACAGUAAUCGAGGAUUUCACAUCAAACUGCUGAACAACUCACAGACUCUGCAUGAAGUGACAAACGCUAAACAGGCUGAGUACACGUGGAACGAGGCUGGAUGUCUGGAUACAGGACACUACAUGUGUGAAGCGGAAAACAACGUCAAGUCAGCUGUCAGUGAAAGUGUUCAGCUUGUUGUCAGAUGUUCACCAAGGUUAUACCAUCGAGUUCCAUUCCAGAAGGAGUUUGCAGGAGCAGUUGGUGGUGAUGUAACUCUGAAGGUAUCAGUGAUUGCCAAUCCAACACCGACAUUCACCUGGUACUAUGUUACUGAUGGAAACAAAAAUACUAUUGGGUCUGGUAGUUCAUCUACAACUGACGUGUCUGCUGUUGGGAAACUCACACUAACAAACGUUCAGCGGGGAGAUAUUGGGACUUAUCAGGUUGUUGUGUCUAAUGGAGCUAAAAACACAGAUCUUGUGAAGAACCUGACACUUGAUGUAACAGAUCCUCCGAAUAUUCCCUCUGAUCUCACAGUAUGGAGCAGUGAUCCACACUCAGUCUCAGUUGCUUGGUUGGAGGAAUUUAACGGAGGCUCAGAACAAACGUUUCUUGUACAAUACCGAGCAGACACAACACAACAGUGGACAAACCUCACUGAAGUGAUUCUAGAAAAAGGUGUUAACACAAUUCAGAAAGCUGUUAUAUCAAUUCUUCAACCAAAGACAAGAUAUCUGGUGCGGGUUUUGGCUUAUAACAGAUAUGGAUACAAAGGCUUUACUGAGGAACAGGAAACUUUGACAUUACCUCCAGGUGAAUCCUUUCUGCCAAGUUCAUCAAACGAAGUAACUGGAACAGGGAUUGCUAUAGGGAUUGUGAUAGGGAUUGCUAUUGCUGUCUUGACAGAGACUGUCUUUGUUAUUUUGUGGAGACGAGAUGGGCAGCAGUCUAAAGGCAAUGUAUUCGUGGAAGAUAGUUAUGCAUUUAUAUCUUCGUUCACCGUUCGUGAUAACACGUAUCCCGUUGCAGGGGACAGUAUUUCGAAAUAUGAG